GCGAAGUUUCCAACUACACGCCUUCCAUGCCAGGAAAUGAUGAGCCUGGCCUUCCUUCUGAACCCCUCGGGGAACCCAAAGAGCCAGAGGAAAAGGGAGAAGAUGUGAUCGUUCGACGUGUUCCCAUAGAUCUAGAAGAUGAGGACCAUGAGGCACUCGAGGAUUCCGAGAGGCCCCUGGAGACUGUGUCGUCGUUCAUCAGUGAUGUGGCCGGGAAUGACCAUGUAGAACGUGCAGUGGAAGAACAUGGAAGUCACAUGCAUGGAGAAGCACAUGGUCAG